AUGUCAUUGAACCCACAACAACAAAACUCGGGGGACCUAGAAGAUCUGCACCGAUUCCCAUUUGAAUCUUUACAUUCCUUUUCAUUCGCACAGCAAUCGGAGGAAUUGCUUCACACUCGACAGAAUAUUCUCAAACGAUCGAUUGACUUCAUGCGCGACCGCAUGGGAUGGGCCGCUAGCAAUGCGGCUAUCGCUUAUGCGCAGGCGAACAUUACUGGAGACACGGAUAUCCAAAGUAUGAUGGACCUUUUGACUCGAGCUCAUGUCCUCGACGAGGAAUCCGCCACCCAUGGACGAGGCCCCAUCACUGGACCUGCUGAUAUUAAUGGUGACAACAUCUUUGAGCGGGCCUUCUCAGACCACAGCUCAUCUCCGGUCAGUACUCGAGACUCGACACUGGAAGCUUGGACAGGAUCCCAGGCCUUCUCCGACAGCUCCCAGUUACUGAGCCCUACUGUUUCCAAUGAUCGUAUAUCACCCUCCAGGAUGGAUCUCAAGUCGGCCCCGGCGUCCAGGCGCGUAAGCUUAAAACGUACAUAUACGGAUCUCAACUCCGCCUCCCUCAAAAACAAGCUGAUGGAAACUUUAGCGCAACCUUACACCUCUUCAGACCCAUUUGCAUCCCUAGCAUCCUCGGCCACUGGAUUGGGCUUUCCGAUUCCCGCCUUGCAUACCCAUAGCAGCAAAUGGACCCCAGUUUCCCAGGCCGUAUUCCGGACCGAAGCCCAGGCACCAUGGACUAUUCUCGCCGCUAAUGACCUCUCUUGUCUUGUAUUUGGAGUCGCUCAGAAGGAGGUCCGUCGUCUCAGUAUCCUAGAGGUCGUCCAGGAAGAGCACAGGCAAUGGCUCGAGGCCAAGCUUCGAGACCCAAGCACUGAUGCCGCAGCCCGUGCGCCACUUCAGCCAGAGCGACCAAAUAUUCGUGCUGUAAACCCGAAGUUUCGAGGCUUGGGGAAUGGGGUGACUGCGCAGUUGCUCAGUAAGCCAUCCUCGCGCGAGAAAUCCCGACGAGCACAGACCGACGAUGGUUAUGGAUCCAGUACCCGCAACCCCCGUACCAAUCACCCGGCUCAUAAAUCACGCGGCGUGUUGUUGUGUGGUGACGUCGUUCCGAUUCAAAAGCGCAAUGGCACUAAGGGAUCCGCUAGCGUGUGGGUCAUGGAAAAGCGCGGUGGUCUGAUCUGGGUGCUCGAGGAGAUCACGGAGAACGCAGCAUCGAUCGAGUGUGAUGAGAGCUGGCGUGUUGUUAAUGUCCGAGGAGAUGUUGAUAGGAUCUGGGGCCCAGCUGUAGUCCGCACCGGUCAGUCGAUUACGGAGCUGUUACCUCGUCUGCCAUCCGAGUCCCUGGCAACCACUCCAGAGAAAGGGAUGCCUCGAAUUGUGGAUCUAAGACAUUUCGCGGCAAAUACAGCUGCGGGUGUUUGUAUCCCAGUGACGGUGAACAAGUUGGAAGGUCCUCGUACGAUACAAGUAUCCAGUUUCCCACAUGUUGCAGGCAUGAUGGUGCUGUCCUCGUCUUCACUAAAUGUGAUAAGUUCGAAUUCAGUCUUCUCUUCUGCUCUCUUUGGCCAAGACCGCCCCGAGGGGCGAAAUAUUACCGAGCUGAUUCCAGGCUUUGAUGAGAUUUUGGAUGUGUUAACCGAGGAGGACAACGUGCCAUUGGUCGAUGGAAUCGUCAUCCCCGAACACAGUUUCCGCCGUGCGCGCACGCUGUCUAUUCUUCGCGAUGGAAAAGCCAAUGCCGCAUCAGUUUUCACAGAGCCUAGUGGCUUGUUAGCGAAACACCGAGAUGGCUCCACGAUCGUUGUGGAUGUCCAGCUACGUGUUGUCAAAAGCGGAACCUUCUUCACCCGAGAACAGGCCGAGAAGCUUCACGAAGAACGAUCGAGCGACUCCGAGGAUAGCGAUGACACAAUCGCGGUCACAGAGCUGGUCUAUGCCUUGUGGGUCACUUACUCACGGCAGAUCCAUGCUGCCGGACCCGCCACCAACAUCUCAUCCUCCUCACUGUCUUCUUCAAAACCUAACUCCCCUAGCAGUGCCCCCAUCUCUACAUCUGACGAUACGACGGGUCACAGCACAAACCAGACAUCCGUGGAAAUCCAUGCACCAAGCUCAACACUAAGCCAGCAGCUUAGCGAGGCUGCCUCCGAACCGCUCACAGAUCAGCCUGUACAACCUGUUCCUGAAGUUACGCCUGGCAGUAGCAAGAAGGAGAUUCCUCAGAAGCGAACCAUCAAUGACUACGUGAUUCUGGAAGAGAUGGGCCAAGGCGCAUAUGGACAGGUCAAAUUAGCGCGGCUCAAGAAAUCGCCCGGCGACGACAAGAUGGUUCUCAAAUACGUCACAAAGAAGCGGAUUUUGGUCGAUACUUGGACUCGUGAUCGUCGACUGGGGACGGUGCCACUGGAGAUUCAUGUCCUCGACUUCCUCCGCCGCGAUGGAUACAAGCAUCCCAACAUUGUGGAGAUGAACGGGUUCUUCGAGGAUGACAUCAACUAUUACAUUGAGAUGAUCCCUCACGGGCUCCCGGGGAUGGAUCUUUUCGACUACAUCGAGCUCAAAGCCAACAUGGAUGAAUCCGAAUGUCGUAGCAUUUUCCGACAAGUUGUCAGCGCUAUCCAUCAUCUGCACACCAAGGCUUUGGUAGUGCAUCGAGACAUCAAGGAUGAGAAUGUUGUUCUUGAUGGAGAAGGUCGAAUCAAGUUGAUCGAUUUUGGCAGUGCUGCUUACAUUAAGAAUGGCCCGUUUGAUGUUUUCGUGGGCACUAUUGAUUAUGCUGCGCCUGAGGUUCUACAAGCGAAAUCAUAUCGAGGCAAAGAGCAGGAUAUCUGGGCGCUUGGAAUCCUGCUCUAUACCAUUGUCUACAAAGAGAAUCCCUUCUACAACGUCGACGAAAUUCUUGACCAUCCUCUUCGAAUCCCAUUCCUUCCUUUCUCCGAAGACUGUAUCGAUCUUAUUCGCAAGAUGCUUGAUCGGGAUGUUGAUAAUCGGUUGACGAUCACGGAAGUGGUUGAACACCCUUGGAUGGUCGAGGAGUGA